AUGGACGAGUCGUUGCGAGUCGCCGUGGUGGGCGCGGGCGUGUCGGGCCUGGCCGCCGUAUGGGGGUUGAACGAGUACUCCUCUCACUCGGUCUCGCUCUUCGAGCCGCUUUCCUGGCUGGGCGGUCACGCCAACACGGUGACCUUUACGCCGCCCACGUGCGCUUCUUCUGCGUCGGCGCCGUCCACACGCGUCGAUACAGGGUUCAUCGUAUUCAACCGCGUCACGUACCCGAACCUCCUGCGCUUUCUCCAGCUCACCGGCGUCGAGAUUCUGGACAGCGACAUGUCGUUUAGCGUGACGCGCCACGCACGCGCCUACGGGGCGUUUGAAUGGGCGGGCGGUUCCCCCGCCGCGCUAUUCUGCCAACCCACCAACCUGCUGAAUCCGUCGCACUGGCGCAUGGUGUGGGACAUUGUCCGCUUCAACCAGCAGGCCGUCGACUACCUGCGCCUCCCCCACUCCGGCGACGAGAUCAGCAUCGGCGCCUGGCUCGAUGCCCGACACUAUUCGGCUGGGUUUAGGAAGAACUACCUCAUCCCCAUGACCGCCAGCAUCUGGAGCACCGCACCCGAAACCGCUUUGGCUUCAUUCCCGGCGCUGACACUGCUCAGGUUCAUGCACAACCACCACCUCCUCCAGAUUUUAGAUCGGCCCCAGUGGCUCACCAUCAAAAACGGCUCGCGCUCGUAUGUGGAUCGCAUCACCUCCAAGCUCCCCCCGCACCGCAUCCACCAGGGCCCCCACAAGGGUGCGGUCCAAGCUGCCUGGAUCGACGACAAGGGCAAAUGGACGAUCGAAACCGCCGAUGGACAGCAUCACCCCAACUUCGACCGUGUCAUCUUUGCCACACACGCCGACCAGACCGCUGCCAUCCUGCGCGCCGGUCUGCGCCACUCCUCUUCCUCCCUCACCGAGACUCUGGCGGUGCUGGACCGGUUUGGAUUCAGCCACAACACGGCGGUGCUGCACGCCGAUACGCGGCUGAUGCCCGUUCGUCGUGCGGCUUGGUCCGCCUGGAACUUCCUCGCCGAAACCCAGCGGGGUGGGGACGUGGACCGUGUCUCGCUGACGUACUGGAUGAACCUCCUCCAAUCCCUCCCCGAAGCCAAGUUCGGGCCGGUGUUGGUGACGCUCAAUCCGAGCACGGAGCCGGAGUCGCCCUACACCCCGCGUCCCGAGCUCGUUGUGCGGCGCCAGACUUACUCGCACCCGAUCUACACGCCGGACUCGGUGGCUGCCCAACACGAGCUGCAACAGCUCCAGGGCGGUAAGGGCGCGUUCUUUGUGGGUGCGUGGACCAAGUAUGGCUUCCACGAGGACGGGUUUGCAUCGGGCCUGCGCGCUGCUGCUGCCAUCGAGGGCGUGUAUCUGCCGUUCGACGUCAGACACGCCGAACGUGCAGUGCCGACGACAAAACAGUGGGGCUGCAUCGUCGCAGAGACCGUGGAUGCAAUCGCCAGGUGCAGGGUCAUCUGCCUCCCCGUGACCAUGGCGUUCUACGUGGCAUUCGCCCUGCUUGCCCUCGUGCAUGCUCUCGCCCUAGUCGCCGCCCCACGCUUGGUCGACGCAAUCGCAACCGUGAAAAGCCACAUCUCCAACUCGCUCUCUCCCACCACACCCGCCAAGCGCACCAAAUCCGCAUAG